UGGCCUCGACGUUGAUCCCGUUCCAAGAUUUUUACAGCAACGCCGAUAUUCCUGUUUAUAUGUAAUAUUUACCGUGGAAUAAUUUGUGAUGAUGUUCUCAAACAGGCCAUGGAUUUGAUGAAGACGAAUUUGUGUGCUCGUGGGAGCUUUGCACUGAUGCAAGAGGCGCUUACAUGCUGAAAAUCAUGCUUAAAUCUAAAGGGAUUGAGAUGGAAGUUGAUACUAAAAGACAUUGGUAAUAGGAAUAUGAGUUCCUAGACUUGUCAGAUGUGAAAGAAGCGGAAUUGUGCAGCCUGCAGUGUGCACUCUUCGAGCGGCUACCCGUGUCGCCCUCAGUACCUAACUCCGGUCGAGGCGACCCUGCUAUAGAUAUCUCAUCGUGUUCAUCGAGCACGACGGGCACAGCAGGCGCAGCAACCGUGUCGAGCAGCCUGGACAGCCUGUCGGGCGGCGAGUGCGAGAUGGCGCCCCACUCGCCGCAGCGGGGCGCGCCGCCGCCGCACGCGCCGCCGCCCUACCAACAGCCCCCACCGCCCUACGUGCAACCGCCACCCCACCAGUGGCCUGUGGCGCCGCCAAACGUAUACGUUAGCCAGGUGACUGCUAACGUGAAUGUGCAUGGUUACAUGGGCCAGUACUACCAGCCACCACAGCCGCAGUACGUACCGCCGCCACCGCAGGUGGAACGGCCGCAGCGCAACCACCGUCGCGACCGCCGAGCUAAACGUCCGCCGUCCCCACCGCCGCAGCAACCUCCGCCCUACUAUUUGCAGUACCCGCAAUACUACCACCCCGCAGCACAGGCACAAGGUGCGCCACUUUACCAUAUGCCUAUGUAUCAACCAGUUGUAUAUGGUCCCUACGCGUAUCCGCCUUACGCGUAUCCUGAGUAUCCUAUGCCAGUGGAGGGCGAACCUGGAGAGAAGGGUCCCGAAGAAUACUCCCAGGAAGCUGUAAUGGAGCAGGAAGCAGUUGACGCCUACUAUGGAGGAGCACACUACGCUGGCCCACCGUACGGUCCGCCUGUUGAUGGUGGUGUAGAGUAUAUGCCGCCGAUGUACCUUCCGCCUCCACCACACCCGCCGCCCGUCCAUAUGCCCCAGCCUUCGCAUCAAUCUACACCACAUCAAUUCAAUGUAUAUGCAAAGAACUUUGUACAGGGACAGGGUCAAACCAAAUCUUACACACCUCCUGAAAAGACUCAGGACCAGAAAACUCCUCCAGCGUCUACUUCGGCUUCUGCUGCCGGGGCCUCUGCAGACUCGAUAUCCUUGAAAGACCUUAAAAUUAGCAAGGGUCCCGGGAGCCCGAAACAGAGCGAGCGCCCCCUAGAGAACCAAGCAAAACCACCGAUCGUCAGCGAUAAAUCUCCCACUUCUAAAACCGACACUGCCAAACCGGCCUGGGUACAGAGCGAGAAUAAGUCUCCAGAGGCGUUGAUCGGAAAUCAGCCACCACUCGCCACAAAAACAUUCCCACCAAUAGCAUCGGCGCACGCACAAGCCGCAGCCAGCGUUAAAGUACCUCCAGUCAUCAGUAAAACAAACAAAGGCCCAGCGGCGCCAUUCUCUGGAGCCAAACAACCACCCAAACCGACUGUACCCCAGACGGGCGCCGUUCCUGUCCAACAGACCGUCUCCACGCCUAAGGCACCCUUUGCCAACAGACAGAAACGUGAGGGCACCACUAACCGCUCGCCGUCCAGCGAAAACACAGAAAUCUGUGAGAAGUCGAUCACGCCGAUGGAUCACUCGAAGCGCGAACAACCGCUGCCGCCCAGUAAGGCGCCAAUGCCGAUCUCGAUCACGCUGCACUCGCAGGGUCAGCCGCUGAUCGUGACCAAUAAGUCGCCGUUCGGGCGUCAGAAGGUGGCGCUACCAGAGCCACCGCCCAUACCGCAACCGCCGCCGCCCGCGCCCACCGCGUCGGAUUUCCCCCCACCGCCAACGCCACGCAACACCCGCGGAGAACCGGUGCCGCAGCCCGUGGUACAGGCUACCCCCGCACUCGGUAAGACCUGGGCCAGCCUGUUCUCCAGCAAACCCAGCCCGCAGCCGCAGGCGCCCGCGCCCGAAGAGCCACCAAGCCCCACGAGCCUGGCACCUCCGCCUCCCGCCGGCGUACAAAAACCUGUGGCGAAAGUGUCGCCCUACGACGCAUCGCCCGUGCAGCCUGCGCCCGACAAGGGCUCCGUCGCCCCUCGCACCACCACCGUCCCCGUCGUGUCCUACUCAGAGAAGACGUCGGUGAACGCGGUGAGCGGCGCCAGCGCAUCUCCUGCGCCCAAACCGGCUCCUGCGCAGCCCCCCGUGGACGCUGCAGCACCCACCCCGAAGGAGCCUACUCCGGCGGUGGCUGUUCCGCCCUCGCCCUUCUCUGAUGACCCCAAUUCCUAUAGGAUGGGAGAGUUUUUGUCAAAGUACCAACUGGACAAUCGACCAGUAACCCUCCUGCCGCGUGGCCUCACCAACCGCUCCAACUACUGCUACGUCAACGCCAUCCUCCAGGCACUGAUCGCCUGCCCUCCUUUUUACAACAUGCUCAAGGCUCUGCCUUAUCAGACUCGACGUGGAAAAUCUAGCACACCUGUUAUUGACUCCAUGGUAGAGCUAUGCUAUGAGUUCAGCCCAAUAGCACCCGGAGCGCGCAACACUCGCGGUUCUCGCGGCGAAGGCACAUCCCCCGUAGUGCCAGCUGGACCCCCUUUGGAAGGUGGCGCUGGCUUAAAAGUCCUCCGCGCCUUACGACCCUUCCCCGGUUCACAAGAAGGCCGGCAAGAGGACGCCGAAGAGUUCCUUGGCUGUCUGCUCAACUCCUUGAAUGAUGAAAUGCUAGAGCUAAUGAAGCUCUUUGAACCGGAUGAGCCCAAGGAGGCUACUGGACAGCCGAACGGAGUCAUUACUCAAGAACAACCACAGGAAGAAGACGACGAUGAUGAUGAGUGGAAGGUGAUGGGCCCACGCAACCGCGGCGCCGUGGAGCGGCGCUGGGCGGCGCGGCGCACGCCCGUGGCCGACAUCUUCCGCGGGCGCACGCGCACGCGCCUGCACCGCGCCGCGCACGCCGCGCCGCACCUGCACGACGUCACCGACGCCGUGCAACCCUUCUUCACGCUGCAACUCGACAUCGAGCGAGCAAACUCUGUAAAGGAUGCCUUAGAGCUCUUAGCUGGUAAAGAUACUCUAGAAGGCGUGUCAGACGCAUGGCAGCAGUUGUCCAUAGAACAAUUGCCGGUGGUGCUAUUGCUGCAUCUUAAGUGCUUUCAACUGGACUCCGAGGGACACACUGCCAAGAUUGUCAAAAGCGUUGACUUCCCUAUCGAUUUGAAGAUUGAUCCCAAAAUAAUGGCAUCAAAGAUGAAGUACACAUCGAAACAGCGUCUGUACAAACUGUUCGCCGUUGUGUACCACGAGGGCGUGGAGGCCGUCAAGGGGCACUACCUCACCGACACCUACCACGGACAGGCUGGCUGGAUCAGAUAUGACGACUCUACAGUGAACCAAGUGACCGAUGCUCAGGUUCUGAAACCAAAACCACCGCGUAUGCCGUACCUCCUGAUGUACCGUCGCCAAGACACGCUCCCGAUACCGCAUCGUGCCGCUGGCAAGCCCGAGUGAGUGUUACCUCACAGGCUAACGGACAGUUUGCAAACUGCUGGAUUUUUAAGUGUACCUAACGUCCGACCCAUAUUUCGCAUGUACCAUUCAAUAACACAGAGUUUUCUCUGGAGCGCACAAUCAUUAAUGGUACCCAGGAGACGCACAAAUGGAAACGAGUGGUGUUUGGAAAAUGAAUUUGUUAAUUUUAGGCUUCAUAUUUAUAGAAGAUUUACUCAGAAUCAAUAUAUGUCUGCAGAAAAGUUUAAAUGUAAUGUUGGGGUAAACAUUUAAAGAUUCAGCAAGUUUAGUGUGAACAGUGAAGAGAAUACUUGGUAUUCAGUGUAAAUAGACUAGUAAAGACUUAUACUGUGCCUGUCCUAGACUUGUUGCAGCACAACGAAAAUGUACGUAAUGUAAGUAUACAUUGUUCUGUGUAGAUAUGUACUGUUGACAGAGUGUAAAGGAAUAGACAGAUGUCAGUAAUGCUAGCUUCCUCAAUGACUGUAUCUUCAAACAUCAUUGGUCCUAACCUAUGUACCAGAUAUAGCAUUAAAUGCUGACAAUUCGCACUCUACAACUUUGUAUCGUAAAUGUAAAUUUUUCUUUUCAUAAAUAUUAUUAGUGUAGUUUUAAUGUUAAAACUGUAAAUUCUUACAAUUACAGUUGUAUAAAGUACAAAAGAAGUUUGGUAUCUAUCACGUUAGAUGGACAUCUAAGAUUACUAUGAUUAAAUUUUUAUUGAAAACACUCAUUUAUUCGUACAUAAAAAUUUUUUCACAAUUGUAUAGUAACUUUGUAAAUAUUAACAACUUGUAUGUAGGUUGACGGGGACAGAUUU